AACGAUCUAUAAAUUCUAACCAAACCGGAUUAAACCACUACGACUGAAACCGGUUUGAGCAUUUCCACAAUUGACUGAAAAAGCCACAAGAAUCAGGGUUUAAGAAGAAGAAUCACAAACCCAGGAAGAUGCAUAAAUUCGAAAAUCACAUAGUGGCCCAUUAAAGAUACAUAAAUUCGAACUAAACCGGAUUAAACCACUACGAUUGAAACCGGUUUGAGCAUUUCCAGAAUUGACUGAAGAAGCCAUAAGAAUCAGGGUUUAAGAAGAAGAAUGGACUCAGAGCACCAAACCAUGGAAACGUUCCUCCGAUGGUCAGCAGAGCUUGGCGUUUCAGAUUCCACCGAUCCUUCUCAAUCUCACGAUUCAUGUCUCGGCCGUACCCUCUCCGUCGCCGACUUCCCUCUCGCCGGCGGGAGAGGAUUGGGAGCUGUUCGUGAGCUCAGGAAAGGAGAAUUGGUUCUGAAAGUCCCGAGGAACGCUCUGUUGACUACAGAGUCCAUGGUCGCUAAAGAUCAGAACUUGAGGGAUUCUGUUAAUCUCCACAGAUCGCUUUCUUCGACCCAGAUACUGAGUGUUUGCUUAUUGUAUGAGAUGAGCAAAGGGAAGUGCUCUUUCUGGUACCCUUACUUGGUUCAUUUACCUCGUGACUAUGAUCUCUUGGCUACGUUUGGGGAGUUCGAGAAGCGAGCUUUACAAGUUGAAGAUGCUGUUUGGGCUGCUGAGAAGGCUAUAGCCAAGUCUCAGUCUGAGUGGAAGGAAGCUGUUACGUUGAUGAAGGAGUUAGAUCUUAAGCCCAAGUUUCAGAGUCUUCAAGCAUGGAACUGGGCUUCUGCAACUAUAUCUUCACGGACGCUGCAUAUUCCAUGGGAUAGUGCUGGGUGUUUGUGUCCUGUGGGGGACUUGUUUAACUAUGAUGCUCCUGGAGAUGAUUCGAAUACCUCGGGAGGUCCUGAAACUGUGAAUAAUGCAGAGGAAGCAGGACAUGUUGUUGAGACUCAGUCUGAAAGGCUCACUGAUGGUGGUUUCGAUGGAGAGGCCAAUGCUUAUUGUCUUUAUGCAAGAAGGAAUUAUCAGCUAGGAGAACAGGUUCUUCUAUGUUACGGGACUUACACGAAUCUGGAGCUGCUUGAGCACUAUGGUUUUACGUUAGAUGAGAAUUCAAAUGACAAGGUCUUUAUUCCUCUAGAAACCAGCCUUUAUGCUCUAGCUUCAUCAUGGCCUAAAGACUCUUUAUACAUUCAUCAAGACGGCAAACCAUCUUUUGCGCUUGUUUCCACGUUGAGACUGUGGCUGAUCCCACAGAGCCAGCGUGACAAGUCGGUUAUGCGCCUCGUCUAUGCUGGUUCUCAGAUAUCUGUGAAGAAUGAGAUUCUGGUCAUGAAGUGGGUGUCAGAGAAAUGUAGAAGUGUUUUAAAGGAUCUGCCAACGUCUAUCCUAGAGGAUAGAGUGAUUCUUCAGGACAUUGACAAGCUUCAAGACCCUGAAUUGCGUCUGGAGCAGAGAGAAGUUGAAGCUUUUGGCAGUGAAGUACGUGCUUUUCUAGAGGCGAAUCAUUUGUGGGAUUUGAUAAAUGGGGAAUUUUGUGGGAAGACUAAGAGGAUAAUGAGUAAAUGGAGAUUGUCAGUGCAGUGGAGGCUAAGGUACAAGAGAACUCUUGCUGAUUGUAUCUCUUAUUGUAAUGAGAAGAUAAAUCAUCUAUCAGGUACCUAAGGUAGGAUAUGAGAUUUGUAACAUUAAUUUAUCAAUGUUCAAAAGAGAAUUUCUAAAAAAAAAUUUACAUUCAUAUCAAAGUAAACAAAAAUCUGCUGUCAUAUCAUAAUCAGUUGCAAGUAUUAAUCAAAAGGUAGUAAGCUGAAGCCAAACAGAUGAGGAGAUCUGUCAGGAUGAGACCAACAACGUCAAAGUCAACCUUUGGAGCAAACAAACCCCAAACCUGCAAGUAUAGGAGAGGAAUGUUUUAGUCUUAGAAACGGCACAAGAACCUUUGGCCUGAGUGUUUACCAUCAGAUGUUAUCUGUGGAUGGUGAAGCAGAGGAUUUUAGCUGUGACAGUAGUGGCGGAUACAAAUCCAUAGAGAUGUAUGUACAUCUGAUGAGAAUGAAAAAAAAAAGCAUGUGGAAAGAACACUCCAUUGCACAACACACAGAGGAUCUAGUUUUGAGAAUUUGUUCUGCACACCCUCCAGCCUCAUUAUACAAUAGCCUACAUACAUUUAACUGCAUGAGUUAUAUAACCUUAAUGGCCUGAUUUGCCAUAUUUGUUAUAAAGCUUUUUUGCUUAGAAAAUACGAACUAGCAAAUAUGCUAACGCAAGCAUUGAUCCUUGCUUCCCAGACAAGAGAAUACCUGGCGAGCUACAAGCAGACACAAUCCAUUUCUUCUUUUUCAAAUACGUCUCCAUCUCCGAGUUCAAUAACGCCGUUUAUAUGUGAAUUCAACGACGUUAGCCACUCAAUUUAAAACAGCUCAGACGCGAUUCAUGUAUUGUCUGGUUUUUGAGGUAGUUAAGAACAGUUUAGAGGAUAAUUAAAAUUUAGCUUAAAGAUAUAUUGUUCGAUUAAUGUAUAAUCAUUUUUUGUUCACUCUAUUCCGGUUCUAAUAGUCUCAAAGAUUUGUAUUUUAUGUAAUCCUGCUUAGAUUUUGUUGCUUGCUUGUUUGCAAAAAGUAAUUGUUGUCAAUUCAAACUUAUUAGAUUCCGGUUUAACCAAUCAUUUGAAGCCGAUAUGCAUUAUACAAAGACGGAACAAAAACUUGCAACUAAGCAAAAAAAUAAAUACUUUUUGAAUAAAAAUCAAAGCUUUUAUAGAAAAAAAUAAGGAGAAAGGAUCAGAAUAUUGGCUUGAUUUCCUCUGAUGAGAGGAAAUAAUAAUCGCUUAGUAUAAUCAGAUUCGAUCAUUUGGGGAAAUUGUCAUCACCUCCAUAUCUCCAUUGCAAUCACUAAUAGAUUUUAUAAAAUACAUUCUCAAGAAAAAAAAAUCCACGCUUUGGAAAAAAAUAAAUAAUUAGAGAGAAGGAUCAGAAAAUAGGCUUGACUUCCUCUUGAUGAAGAGGAAAUAUAAAAUCGCUCAGUAUAAUCAGAUUCGAUCAUCUGGGGAAAUUGUCAUCACCUCCAACUCUCCAUUUACUAUAUCUUUAAACUUAAUUAAAAAUAAAAAACACAACAAUAAAAUCUAAUUCAAAUAAAUAAAAGAGAGAAGGAUCAGACUAAUUGGCUUGACUUUCCUCUGAUGAGAGGAAAAUUCUAUUCGCUCAGUAUAAUCAACUUCGAUCAUCUGGGGAAAUUGUCAUCACCUCCACUUCUCCGUUUUACUCUUUUUUUUUAAUCAAAAACCGAUGAAAACUACUUUCAGACAAAAGAUAAUAACAGCUCCUAGGUUGUCUUAAAGAAAAGAUACAAACAAGAUUUGCCCUAAACUAAAUAUCCAAGCUGGUUUUUCUCAUAAAGAAAACCUUUUAGAACACAAGAAUUUUAAAUUUGAAAACUAAAGAGCAGAGAACAGAUCUAGCAAAGUCGACGGCUGGUUUUUUCUGAGAUUGGUGUUUAGUCGAAUGUUAUUUAUAGGUAUCAAUGCGAUGAGGCUGAUGCCUAUAAACCCUAACACGCGUGUUAUUCACGUGGUCGUGAUUUUUAGUAAAUUUCUAUCGGGUCCUCGUAUUUUGUGGGGGUUGCGGUAAGUAGCAAAGACUUUUAAAUAUUUGAUAAAUUCGUUUGUUUUUAAUGUUGUUGGAUAAUUUAUUCUUCGAAUGCAUAAUUGAUUACGAGUCAACGUCACGGGUAUUAAAUAACCAAGUAAAUCAAUCGGAAUAUAAUUGUGACAACCCGCCCCGUGGGAACUACCCGCCCAUGGAUCCUAGGCUCACAGCGCUGCAACGCACCGACCCCAACCCCUUUAUUAUGAGUUCUCACUAACUCCAUAAUUAGGUUGUUGGUGGGCCUCGAACCCAGGACCUCACCCUUUAACAGCAUUCCCACAGGACAAGCUGUCACCAAUUGAUCUGCUGGUCAAUUGGUGACAGCUUGUCCUGUGGGAAUGCUGUUAAAGGGUGAGGUCCUGGAUUCGAGGCCCACCAACAACGGGUAGUUCCCACGGAGCGGGUUGUCACAAUAAUUGUAUGAUUUUUGAUUUUUUGUAAUAAUGUUUUGCAGCUAAACUAAUCUAUAAAACUCUAUUUAUCAAGAAUACUUAUGUUAUAUAGAGCAUUCUCAGUUCCAUCUGAUGACAUAAUGAUGAAUGAUACCUCUCUCAAGAAUCAGCAGUGUGGAAGGAGAAAGAGCGUUUCAAGUUGUUUGCUAGAACAUCAUUUGAACUUUGCAGAGUCUACAUAGGGGUCUCAUCAGCGUCCACAAAAAGCAGGCGAUAGCUCCUUUUAGUGCUGAGAUGCAUUUGAAAAACACAAUCAAACAAGUAUAAACCAAAAUUAUCAAAUUAAAUACGAAAUACGCUUUAAUAUGAUCAGAUUGAACAAAUGGUAACAUAUAUAUAUAUAUAUAUAUAUAUAUAUAUAUAUAUAUAUGUGUGUGUUUUGUGUGUAGGCCACAGUAAACUUCUAGGAGAGUGAAGGAGCUUGAAAGUUGUAUUGAGGAGCUGAGAAAGGUUAUGCAGAAGAGUCAAGAUACUACUACAAAUACAAAAAAACAUGAAAGAAGAAAAUGGUUUGUCACCUAUGGAUAGGUUAGUCCCUGGUUUCAGUGUGUUGUAACUUGUAACAUUGAUCAUUUUGUUGUUGAGAUCAUAACAUAAUUGUUCGCGCAAGUGAUCACUGUUUGAAUAAGCGUCGAAAAAAUAUAUGUCGUCCAUGUAGUUGGUCGUGGAUUUGCUUACUUUCCACCAAUUAUAGCAUGACACGUAUGAUAUUCUUACCGUCGAAGAGAAAUCAAUUGACUUUGAAAAAGUUAUUAGAAAAGACAAGCCAAAAAAGUCUUCGAUAUAUUCGUAUGGUUUUGUUCCAUCACCACGGUCUUCAUCUCCAUCCCAGAAUCUCGAUCGCCACAUCGCCCGAUUGCAAUCGCCUCGAGAAAAGCCUUCACGAUGUGCUUUUGAGCAUGAGAUUUGGACUAACACGAGAUCUCCGUCUGAAACGACCAUCAUUCGCAUACUAUUCCGUAUCUCGAGAACAACAGCCCAUCAUCAUGGCGACCAAGAGCGACAAGACUUCGACGGAGGUGAAAGAUAAGGUAGUGGAGGAGAAGAAGGAAAAGGAUAAGGAUAAGAAGGAGGAGGUAUCGCUCCCACCACCGCCGGAGAAACCAGAGGCUGGCGAUUGUUGCGGUAGCGGUUGCGUCCGAUGCGUUUGGGAUGUGUAUUACGAUGAGCUCGAAGAAUACAACAAGCUUACUGCUUCCAUCACUGGAGAUACUAAAUCCAAUUGAUUGAAUUGGGAUUGCUUUGUUCUGAUUGUUACCCUAUUGUUGCUAGAAAAAGUUAAACAAUUGCUUUGUUCUAUAAUAAAGACUGGUCAAGAACUGAUCGACCAAUGUUAAACGAUUU